GCUUCCCUUUUCCUCUGUUCUUCACUUUAAGAAAAUUACAAACUUUAUCUUCUAUUGGAUGAAUCUCUGAUCUGGGUUUGAUUAAUCACCAUUAAUUUACGAGUUUUUACGUGAAUUCAAAUCUAGACUUUUGAUCUUCCAAACCCUAGAAUUGAGCAUCAUGGAGAACGAGCUGUUUAUGAAUGCAGGAGCUUCUUCGCAUCCGCCGGUGAUGACGUCACCGUCUUCUUCGUCGGCGAUGCAUAACUGGGUUUCAAUGGAGACUCAAACAGUGGACCCAAGUCUCGGUUGCAAUCUGUUUUGGGAAAAGUCAACGGAACAGAGCAUCUUCCAUUCGGCUCUUAGCUCACUCGUCUCUUCUCCGACGCCGUCAAAUUCUAACUUUUCCGGUGGAGUAGUUGGUGGAGAAAAUGUCAUGAUCAGAGAGCUCAUCGGGAAACUGGGUAACAUCGGCGACAUCUAUGGAACGCCGGCGAGCAACGGAAACGUCUCUGGCUCGUGUUACGGUACUCCAAUGAGCUCUCCAACACCUGGACGUAUGAUGGUGACGAAAACGACGACGCCGAUAACAGAAUUUUCCGGCGAUCCGGGAUUCGCAGAGAGAGCGGCGAGGUUCUCGUGUUUCGGUAGCCGUAGUUUCAAAGGCAGAACAAACUCGCCGUUUCCGAUUAAUAACGAACAACCCGUCGCAACCAAUGAGAAAAUGCCACGUAUAUCAAGCAGCCCAGCUCUUAAGCCUCUCGUGUCUCAUGUUCCCGCCGGCGAAUCGUCCGGUGAAUAUUCCCGGAAAAGAAAAGCAAAAUCCAAGCAGAAUUCUCCUUCUACAGUUUCACCAUCAAAGGAGAUUGAAGAGAAGGAAGAUUCUGAUCCAAAGCGAUGCAAAAAAUCAGACGAAAAUGGAGACAAAACUAAGUCAAUUGAUCCUUACAAAGAUUACAUUCAUGUUAGAGCUCGACGAGGCCAAGCCACCGAUAGUCACAGUCUCGCCGAACGAGUUCGAAGAGAGAAAAUAAGCGAAAGAAUGAAGCUGCUUCAAGAUCUUGUCCCUGGAUGCAACAAGGUUACUGGAAAAGCACUGAUGUUGGAUGAAAUUAUAAACUAUGUCCAAUCAUUGCAACGGCAAGUUGAGUUCUUGUCGAUGAAGUUAUCGUCAGUGAACACCAGGCUGGACUUUAACAUGGACGCUCUCUUGUCUAAGGAUAUAUUUCCUUCAAGCAACAAUCUAAUGCAUCAUCAACAAGUACUUCAAUUAGAUUCUUCAGCAGAAACGUUAUUGGGUGAUCAUCACAAUAAUAAUUUGCAGCUGAACCCUGAUAUUUCUUGUAAUAACAUAAUAAACCCUUUGGAAACUUCUGAAAUUAGAAGCUUCAUUUCUCACUUACCAACACUUGCCCAUUUCACUGACCCUAUUUCUCAGUAUUCAACAUUUUCUGAAGAUGAUUUAACUAGCAUUAUUCAAAUGGGUUUUGCGCAAAACCGGCUCCACGAAUUAAACCAUGGUUCAUCAAAGCAAGUACCGUCGCACAUGAAAGCUGAACUUUGAUCAACCAUUAUAUUUAGAUUUGCAUUUUUACAAAAAAAUAUAGGAGUUUUAAAGGU